ACUCCCCUCUACCGCUCCGUUCCCUCCAGAGAGAAAAUUUCCCUCCCAAUUCGCAAUUUCUGAGAUCUGUUUUUCUUCUUCGCUCACUCUUCCCUUUCUUCUAAUCUCACCCUCUAACAACUCUUUGCCUUCUCCUUCAUCUUCCCUUUCAUUUCUUCUUCUUCUUCUUCUUUACCUUUUCUUUUCUCUUUCCGUUUCUUCCAAGGACUCUGCAAAUCUGCUCCUUGUUUUUCUCUAUUUAAUCCGUUCUUUGUUUCUGUAUCUCGAAUUUCACUUCUGUAGUGUUUUUUUUUUUUCAUCUUCUCCGGUGAGAUUCUGUUUCUUCCUCUUAUCUUUCGCUGCCAAAUCUUAAGUUUCCAGUUACCGUAACCAACGGAGUUUUAUUGCCCCCACUGUUUCCAUUUUCUUCAGAAGAGCUCGGUUUAUGCUACUCGGUUUGUGUUCUUCAGUAUAAGUUGCAUCAUGAAAAUCCUUUUCGACUCAUUAUCAGGUCUACUUUCUUGGGAUAAAUUCAAUGAAACUCAUUAGGGAAUUGUUAACUAUUCAAGGCCAUGCCAGCUACAAAGAAGAGUUCUGAUUGCAGUCGGAUUGCCCAAGCAUUCAACAAAUUGUCAAUGCAAAUAGGAAACCCAGUUGACUUUGAACUACCUGAUUGGUUUGAUAAAUGGAAGACUACAACUUACACCUAUAUAAAGCGCAACAUAUAUCUUACAAAGAAGAUUAAAAGGUGCCUGGAGGACGAUGGCAUUUUUUGUUCCUGCACCCCGUCACCUGGUUUGACAGCUGUGUGUGGUGGUAGAGAUUGCCAUUGUGGGAUGCUACUAUCAAGCUGCUCCUCAGAUUGCAAAUGUGGGAGUUCAUGCCUCAACAAGCCAUUCCAAAACCGUCCUGUGAAGAAGAUGAAAUUGGUACAGACAGAGAAAUGCGGAGCAGGAAUUGUGGCAGAUGAAAAUAUCAAGCGAGGAGAGUUUGUAAUAGAAUAUGUGGGGGAAGUUAUUGAUGAUAAAACAUGUGAGGAAAGGCUUUGGAACAUGAAACACCGGGGAGAAACCAACUUUUACUUGUGUGAAAUCAACCGCGAUAUGGUAAUUGAUGCAACGUACAAAGGGAAUAAAUCAAGAUAUAUAAACCAUAGUUGCUGCCCAAAUACUGAGAUGCAGAAAUGGAUAAUUGAUGGAGAAACAAGAAUAGGCAUCUUUGCGACUCGAGACAUAAAAAAGGGCGAGCAUCUCACCUAUGACUAUCAGUUUGUUCAGUUUGGUGCAGACCAGGAUUGCCACUGUGGUGCAGUUGGCUGCCGAGGAAAGCUGGGGGCCAAACCUGGUAAGCCAAAGAUAUCAUCAGAUGCACUGAAGCUAGAAACAUGCCAGGUCUAUCACAAUGGAGGCCUGCAUGUUGAAAGAUCGCAUCAGCUAGAUAACGGACAGAAGAUAUGCCCUCGUCGUUGCAUUGGUGAAGUGGUCAGAAUCUCUCGUCCCAUGAAUCAGAGAUGUUUUGGGAUUAUUAAAGACUUCAAUAUGUACUCCAGAAGACACAUGAUCAUGUUUGAAGAUGGUAGAACUGAAUUUCUUGACAUGUCAAAAGAAGAUUGGGAACUCAUUACUUUGUGAUGUCAUAAAAGGGUACCUACAACUGAAGUUGGUGAUUCUUGAUAAGGCCUAAUUGGAAAAAGGGAAAAAAAAUGGUACUCCAGACUCUAACAUAACCAGAGUCUGUCCUUUUUGCGGGGAUUGGCCGCCAUGUUGUUGCAUUAAACAUAAAACCUAUUCCAAUGCUUUUGCACAAACAUGUUCCAUCUUCGCAUGGCAUUGGAAAUGUAUGUUGUAUGAAGUGCACGAUGUAUCAUGCUCCUCAAUUCUUUUUGUUGGACAAUAAAAUGAACUAAUGAACUGUAAAACCGUAAGCCUAGGUAUUCACUCAUCACAGAAUCUUUUAGCGGAUACAACAAGAUGCACCGAAGCAAGUGUGGCCUUUGAUUGUUCCAUAUGGUGAAGCAUUUUUGUGAAGAGCAUGCCAAGGCCAGGGAUGUUCCGAAAUUAGAAACAUAGCUAGGAUAAACUUAAUUUAAAUUCUGUUCUUUCUAUUCUUGUUUCUUUACUCUUCUUGCCUAUGUUCUAAAUGAGGCCUGUCUGGUUGCCAGGGCAUGUUAUAUUGUUGAAUUCAAUGUGCAAAGCAGCAGUUAAUGUAGUUUUUCAAUGAAUUUGUUGUUUAAUAGUGUUAUAAAAUAUAUAUUUUUUA